AUGGCGGGACGGGUGCGCCAGCCCAUCAACGUCGGAGCGUUGGAGAAAUGGAUAUCGAAGCACGUGCCCGAGAUCGAGGUGCCGCUGGACGUCAAGCAGUUCGGCUUCGGACAAUCCAAUCCCACGUACCAAUUGACGUCCCCCGACGGCAAACGCUAUGUCCUCCGCAAGAAGCCGCCCGGACCGCUGGUGUCCAAGACGGCUCACAAGGUUGAGCGCGAGUACCGCAUCAUCGCCGCUCUCGCCAAGACGGACGUGCCCGUCCCAAAGGCCUACUGCCUCUGCGAGGACGACUCGGUGAUCGGGACGCCUUUCUACAUCAUGGAGUUCCUCGACGGCCGCAUCUUCGAGGACCCUGUCAUCCCAAGCGUGCUGCCCGACCACCGCCGCGCCAUCUGGGCCGACGCUGUGCGCACCCUGGCCAAGCUGCACCGCAUCGACCCGCGGUCCGUCGGGCUCGAGAACUUUGGCAAGCCCACGGGCUUCUACAGCCGACAGGUCGCUACGUGGCGCACCGUCUGCAACGCCCAGGCCGCGGUACGCGACGUUGAAACGCGCGAGCCCGUCGGCGCCCUUCCGCAUUUCCAGGAGCUCAUGGAGUUCUUUGCCGACGAGAGCCAGCAGCCCGCCGACCGCAGCACCCUGAUCCACGGUGACUUUAAAAUAGACAAUCUAGUCUUCCACAAGACACAGCCGCGCGUGAUUGGCAUUCUAGACUGGGAAAUGUCCACAAUUGGCCACCCCCUCUCCGACAUAUCAAACCUCCUGACCCCGUACUUCACAGCGCGCCUCGACCCGCGCCGCUCCGUCAACGUCCACCCCGGUUUCUUACCCCGGGCGACGCGCGGCUUGCCUACGCCCGACGAGAUCACGGCCCUCUACUUUUCCGUCGUUGACGCCGCCCCGCCGCCCUCGGCCUCUCCCUCGUCCUCGGCAUCCCUCGAGCUCUCCCUGGCCAGCUCCAGCAGCAGCCAACCGCCGACGGACCGCAAGCGGGAGCUGCAGUGGGCGCAGGCCUUCAACAUAUUUCGGCUGGCGGCUAUUUGCCAGGGUAUUGCGGCGCGCCAGGCGGGGAGGCAGGCGAGCAGCGAGCAGGCCAGGCGUUACGGCGAUGCCCGGACCCCGCUGGCCGAGUUUGCUUGGGUACUGGUGCAGACUGCGCGGGCGGGGGGCAGCGGCGGGAAGGGCGGCGGCCCGAGCGGCCACGGCCGAGGUCCGGGCCAAGGGAGGGUGUCAAGGUUGUGA